AUGGUAAAUGACUGGUGCGCUGACUGGUACACAACGGUUGCCAUCAACGCUUUCAGAGGCGCGGACUACGAGAAAUUUUAUAAAUUUCGGGAUGUAAUUCAAGGUUUAGUUGCACUGCCGGUGGAAAACAUGGAAAAGUUCAAGAGACGGAUACGUGUGAUUCAGUUCCUGUCCCGGAUCCAUGACUGCAACAAACCGGAUUUAAUCUUUGAGUACGAGGAAGACUGCUCACCGCUGGAGUCUGCUUUGCGGCUGGUCCUCUCCAUCGAACAGGAGAUCUUUGUUCCAUGGGACGUUGCGGAUAAUACUAAGAAGUCUAUCUUAGAGGCGGUGAGCACUUCCCCCUGGGCCAGCAGCUGCCCCUGUAACCUGAGCCAGGGGACUGCUGUCUGUCCGAACUCCGAAGACAAGGAAACUGAGUACAGCGGGAACCCUAAUGGCGUGCAUCUGAAUCGCUCCGUGCUUAGGGCUGCCGACGGGACCGAGAGAGGGGAUCAGCAGGGAGGCGCCUCCUUCAGUGAUCUGGAGUGCGAGGUGAGGCAGGAGGUGGAGUCUGAGAACGCCCUGCUAGAAUGCCCUGCCGAGGGGUCCCAGACGCUAAGGCCCUGCACCAUCCCUUGGCUGGUCCUGCAGGAGGACAGCCAGGAGGACAGCCAGGUGGCCGUUGCGCCCGAAAAAGCACGCAACGCCCUGGAGAAGGACCCGAGCAGCGAGGAGUCGCCGCUCAGCGCCCCGCCGUCCCCGGUGCUGCCCUGCAGGAGGCCGCGCGACCGCCGCGCCAGGCGCUUCAGUGACAGCGACGUGUCGCUCACCCCUGAGGACGCCGCCCCGGGGACCUCCGCCCUGGGGACCUCCGCCCCGGGGACCACCGCCGCCCCGGGGACCACCGCCGCCCCGGGGACCACCGCCGCCCCGGGGACCUCCGCCGCCCCGGGGACCUCCGCCCCCAGCAGGACGCCGAGAAAGCACAGGAUGCUGGACUCCGCCACAGAAACGAAGGUGGAUUGGAGCGACGAGGAGGCCCUGUUCUCUGGUGAGGCCCGGCAGGGUAGGAUGCUGCACUGCUUCAGUUUGGACGCCUGGACGGAAGAGGAGAGCGAGUGGGUGCGGCAAGGAGUGGCAAAGUACGGCGAAGGAAGCUGGGCCAAAAUCAGGGACUGGUUCCCCUUCAAGGGCCGGACGUCGGUCAACAUCAAAGACCGAUGGCGGACCAUGAUGAAGCUGAAGUAG